UUCCUACCGCCAAACCUUUAAAAAAGAUAUGUUCCUAACCGUUUCUAUUUUCUUAUUGUCCAUUUAAAAAAAUGGCGUCUUUUGACGCUAAGUAUGAAUUUAAUGCACCUAAAUAUAUUGAUUUUCUCCAAGGAGAUAUUGACGAAGAUGCUGAUAAAUGGUUUGAUACAAGAGAUGGUGAUGAAGGAGGUAUAGAUAUUGAUAUGGUCCCAUAUUACGAACAAAAUAUCGGUUUUAAAAAUGCCACAAAUGCAAUUUCUGCUGCUUUAGCAGAUAACAUGAAAGAGAUUCAACAAGUAAAAACUUAUUCAUUGAUUACUAAUGACAAUGAGACCAGCAAUAAUGUUGAGAUAGCAGAAAAUCUAGCAAAUAAAGAAAACAUUGUUCCAGAUGUUGUCAUGCCCAAAGAAUGUGCUAUCAUAAACAAAGAUAGUGUUAAAUUUGAUAAUUCAAAAAAUGAGAAUUUUUUAAUGUUAAAGGUUGAACAGCAAAGCUUAAAUAGUAGUAGUGUUAAUGAAACUUUAGUUCAAAAAUCAAAUAUUAGAACAUCAUGGAAUAGUCCAGAUGUCACAAGAGAAGACAUUAGAAAGGUGCAGCCUCCAAGAUCAGCCAAGAAAAGCAUUAAUUAUGAUGUGUCAAAAAAGCGAAAAACUGUGUCGACAACUGACCCUACUGUUAAUAAGAAGUCUAGAAUUGAAUCAAAACCAGUAAUUAUGCCAGAAACACCUUCAUUUAUCAGAAAACUUCGUGAACGUGGCACUAAAAAGGAUUUACAAACUUCUGAGGCUUUAAAUAUUCAAAAAAUGAGAGAACUUCAGAAACAAACUAAAGCAAAAAUUAGGCGGAAUGAUAAGCAACUUAAAAAUGUACUCGGAGCUAGUUCAUAUCUUCCUAGUAGAUCAACAUGCCCUGUUACAAAACCCAAAGAAUUUCAUUUUGCUACUGAUGAUAGAAUUAAAGAGCACACUAUGCAAACUAGAUCAGACACUAUAUGUAAACCAUUUGAAAGUCAAUUAAGGCAGCAUCCACCUUCACCGCCAUUUAAAAAAGAAGUUACCAAGCCACAACCUUUUAACUUUUCAACCCAAUCUUCUAAAGUUGCAGGUCCAGUCAAAGCUGAGUGGGAAUCAAUGGCACAUCUGGCUUUAAAGUUUCAAACAAAGACUCCUGAGAGAUUUCGAAUGAAACCGAAAAGAUGUGAUAAUAAUGGUAGCUUAGAAUUGGAAAAGCCCAACCAACCUUUUCAUGUUACAAAUCCUAAAACACCGAACUUAGCAACAAAAACAAGAACUAGACCUGUGACUGCUAUUAGUAGGCAAGAGAUGGAGGAAAAAGAGGCAGAGGAAAUAUCAAAUUACCACUUUAAAGCAACUGAAUUUAAUCCAAAAAUUAUUGAAAAGGGAGGUUUUUAUGGAGUAAAGCAAAUACCUGAAGCUCAUACUACUAAGCCAAAACCUUUUAAUUUUUUAAUUGAAAAUCGCAUCGAACAGCGAAAACAAAAAGAAGAACCGUUACCACCAACUAACAAGGCUCAUCCAAAAAGUAAUACAUCCAUUGGGAAAACAGAAAGACCAAAAAACACAGAGCCUGAGCCAUUCUCCUUUGAAAAUAGAGAUAAAGAAAGAUAUUUAAAAAAAGAGGAGAAAAUUAAGGAGAUUAUUGAAGAUGAAGAAAAAAUGCACGAAUUUCAUGCGCGACCGUUACCAUCAUUUUCUCCUGACAGUCUACCCCCUGUUCAGCCAAAAGAGCCGACUCAUCCAAUACCUUUUAAGAUUUCAACUGGCUCCUCAUCGUAUCAGCAAAAAUUGCAAGAAAAGCGGCAUAAAGAAAUUGAAAUAGAAAAAUUAAAUCGAGAAUUUAAAGCAAAGCCAGCCGAUGUUAUUAAUAAAGCUCCUUUUAAGCCUUUAACAGGAUUAAUUCCACCUACAGAAAUAACUGAUUUUACUUUGAACUCUGAUAUUCGCGCUAAAGAGCGCCAAAAAUACGAGGAGUGGAAGCACGAGCAAGAAUUAAAAACAGAGGAAGAAAAGAAACGAAUUGAAAAGGAAAAAGCACUUGAAGUUGAACGUGAAAUUAAAGCAAUGCGUGAAGAGGCAGUCGUUAAAGCUAAUCCUGUUAGAACUUAUAAGCCUGUUAUUAUUGAACAUAGUUCCAAGCAACUCACUGAACCGCAAACACCUAAUUUACAGACUAAAAAACGCGCUAUGCGACUAUAGUUGAAUAUAAUUUAGUAAACGCGCUUAUUGUAGUUUAUUAUGUAAAUAAAUUAUUUAUAAUAUUUUUGGGUGGCAA